AAUUGCGAAGAAAGAAACAGAGAAUUGAGUAAUAAGAAAAUGGGGAAUAUGGGAAGCAGUGGAAGGCAACAGAGAAGGAGGAGGAACCCAACACCACAAGGGAUAAACUACUCCUUUGCACCUCACCCUCCUCACUACCCCAAUACCCUUCUUCCUCCUUAUCAUCAAUACCCACAAUCGUUUUCUUCUACCACCACUUUGGUUGAUACCCAAUUCACUUGUGAGCUUAAGCAUGAGAAAACUAUCUCCAUCAGGAAUGAUGUGAACAUCAAGAAGGAGACACUUCACAUGGAGCCUGAUCAACACAACCCUGGCGAUUUUCUUGUUGCUUUCAACUUUGAUGCCACUGCUUCUGGAUGCAUUACAGUAAUGUUUUUUGCCAAGGAAACUUUAGAUGGUAAGCUGAUAGCAGUGAAGAAAAGCUUGCUGAAACAAAUUUCAAUGCCUUUUCAGCAAGGUCUUUGUCAGAAAUUUAGACAACCUUCUGGAACUGGGAUUGAAAUCUCAAUGUUAGAGGAGAUAAAACUAACAAAAGAAGGUGAAACAGUUUAUCCUCUUGUGCUGAAGGCUGAGGCUCGACCAUUAAACCAUUAUGUAAAUGAUGGAAACCCAUUUUCUCAAAUUACUUUGGCUAGUUUUGAGAAGAGAGAGAAAGGUGAGUACAAAGUCCGAGUAAUGAAACAGAUUCUCUGGGUUAGUGGGAAGAGGUAUGAACUGCAUGAGAUAUAUGGCAUUGGGAAUGCUAGUGAUGUUGAUGGACAUGAAGUUGGUGGACAUUGUGUCAUUUGUCUGUCAGAGCCACGAGAUAUAACUGUGCUCCCUUGCAGACACAUGUGCAUGUGCAGUGGGUGUGCCAGCCUUCUGAAAGUUCAUACAGCCAAAUGCCCCAUUUGUCGGCAUCCAAUUGAGAGGCUUUUGGAAAUUAAAGUAAAUGAUGGAUUUGGUGACUGA